UUAAUCAAUCCUCCAGAUAUUUCUGGAAGCGCCGAUAUUUCCCGAGGAAAAGACAAAUGACGUGUAAAAAGCAUAUCCGAUUUCUUCCCGGGAAGUUCGGACAGAAGAAUCAUGCGCGCCAUCCAGUGCUGUCACUUUCAACCAAUAAUAAGUCGCCGUCUGUAAUAGUUGAGCCACGCAGGCUACCUGGCUACCUUAUCGCUUGGGACACGCGUCGAGCUCGCCACAGAAGUGGCGUAAAGCAGCAUGUACGGCCUCCCGCCAGGACGCAAUAAUUAGUUGCCCCCGUUAAAGCCCGGCGGGUUCUAAAGCGGCUUACGGAACGGGGUACAUGAGCUACGGGCUCUAUGGAAGGCACUGGAAGCCCUCUGGAAUGAAUCUGCAGCUUACACGUUGUGAAAUUUGAGCCACAUAAGUCAGCACUGUUACUUCAAAUAUUGUCACUAUAAAAACCUUCGUAGUAAAAUCUUUCAUCCAACUCGUGGCUUGAGAGGGCCUGCACUGUGAUCAGCUCAGAUCAGCUAAAAAAUGGCGGAGCUUAAGCUUUUGGGGGCAAAUAUAUUUGCCAUAUUACUUUCAGUCUCUUUAAUGUCUGCUUCUCGCGCUUAUCUGGUGGAAGAAAGCCCCCUGGUUUUAUCUUACCACAACGGUCCACUGCUCUCAAGCAGCUCUGCGCUUGAGGUCAAUCUGAUUUGGUAUGGCAAAUUUACCCCCGUUCAGCGCUCCAUUUUGGCGGAUUUUGUCCAAUCUUUGGGAGCCCCAGGCAACGGUGGGCUUCGGCCGUCGGUGUCUGCCUGGUGGAAGAUCACGCAGGGCUAUAAAGAUGCCUCAAAUGCAGCCGCCCUAACGCCACGGCUAGGUUUUCAGAAGCUCGACGAAGCGUAUUCAAAGGGUAAAACCCUAACGAGAUCCGACGUGGCGGCCCUAGCGGAAAGCGUUGCGCAGUCCGGAGCGCCGCCGGAGAACAGUAGCAACGCGAUUUAUCUGGUUCUUACGGCGGCGGAUGUCAGCGUUGAGAGGUUCUGCUUGAGCUCCUGCGGAUUUCAUGGCGGGCUGGAAUAUGGGAAGAGUUUUGUGCCCUACGCUUGGGUUGGAAAUUCGGAGACUCAGUGCCCGGGGCAGUGUGCGUGGCCUUUUCAUCAGCCGCUCUAUGGGCCUCAGACCCCUCCUUUGGUGUCCCCUAAUGCUGACGUGGGCAUUGAUGGUAUGAUCAUUAAUAUUGCCAGUGUUUUGGCGGGAGCAGUGACGAACCCCUUUAAUACUGGUUAUUUUCAGGGGGACGCUGCUGCCCCGCUGGAGGCUGUGUCGGCUUGUGCUGGAAUUUACGGGAAGGGGGCUUACCCCGGUUUCCCCGGUCAACUGCCGAUCGAUGACAUUACAGGGGCGAGUUAUAAUGUGGUUGGAGUGAAUGGAAGGAAGUUUCUGUUACCGGCCAUGUGGGAUCCCGUUUCGCGGUCCUGUAGGACUUGAGAAUAGAGAAAUUUUUGGCUUUUGGCUGUAUGACGUAUGUAGCAGCUUGGCAGUUUGUACCUAAAGAAUGUAUGUAUAGGAGCUUGUUGGGUUUUGAUAGAAACACUUCUUAUGUAAAUGUAUUUUACUUUUAAGGGAGAAUUGUCUUUUUUAGAA